CAUUUAGUUUCAAAAUGGCGACUGAUGAUGAGAUAAUACGAAAGAGGUUGUUGAUUGACGGUGAAGGUGCAGGCGAUGAUCGCAGAAUAACAGCCCUUCUUAGGACCUUUUUGAAAUGGUGUAAUGCCACGAGCGCUGAGGAAGAUAGUGAUGCCACAUAUCAGAAAAUGCUAGUGCAGCUUGCUCAGUGUGAAUUUGCGAUUGGAAAAACCCAGACUGUUUUUGAGAUGAAUGAACUAGAAACACAAAACUAUGAGAAGAUUUACAGUGAAAUUGAGCAGAGUAUUUCACACGCCUACGAAGAAAUUGCAUCUUGCAAGACUGAACUACAGCAGGCGAAAAGGAUAAGGAGAAAUAGACAAGAAUAUGAUGCUCUUGCUAAAGUCAUAAGCCAACAUCCAGAAAGACAGGAAACUCUAAAGCAAAUUGAAGAGCUUGAUAAAGAACUUAAUUCCCUCACCAACACAAAAGAAAGUCUUUUAUCAAAGCUGGAACUUCGACAGAAACAGUUUCAUCUCCUAAUCAGCACAAUUCAUGAAUUACAACGAAUGCUAGAGGAAGACAAGACAGACUCAGAUGAACCGUCCUCUAGCGCAGAAGGUUCUGCUAUGGACACAAGCUAGUUUUUUUCUUGUUUCAUAUUGCUUUUUGUACAUAAUGUUUGAUUAAUAAAUAAAGAACUGUUCAUAUCAGUG